AUGGGAGGACAGUACAAUGCUGUGCUCGAUUAUGGACAACUGCAACAAAAUUUGCAACCAAACAACAACCAGCAGUUGUUUGGUGAAUCGGACAUCCGUCAGCCGUAUGACGCCUGUGUACUUGGAAGUGCACCUGAUGCACGAGGAUUAAAUGUAGGACCCAUCAUUCCGUCCGGUUAUGAUGCUUGUGGCACCACUUUGGAUGCUCGAAAUUUGUGCUUCAACGUGCCCGGCGCUAAUACAUACGAAUGUGUCUGCAGUCCAGCUUACGUUCGAGACAUAUCUGUACCGUAUGAUAAUUGUCUGAAACCGUUGGAUAGUUGCGACAAGCGAAUCUGUGUUCAUGGUCAAUGUGUCACUGCCCCGGUGAGGCGCUGUGCUGAUGGAGUGGGGUGUGUUCAAGAUGUAGCCGUGGAAGAGGAAACAUGGUUGGAAUUCAUGGACUGGACCAAUUAUGCCAUGAUGAUCACCCUGGGUUACAUUGGCACCCUGGCCAUCCUGCUAAGCAUAGUUGGUCUUUGCCGAAAGUACAGAGCAACCACGGUGGACAUGGACUUGCAAUCCAAAUACAGUGUAGGCGGAUCACAACAAGCCACAUUCCGGUCUUCCAGACAAUCAACGGAGAGGCGCGCACAGAAGUUAUCCAUGGAAACAUUGCAGUGA